UGCGCCUCAAUCAAUGGACGUGGUUUCAAGUCACCUGAGAGCACCGAUGAAUUGUUUGUGGUCCGGUGGGUUGAAUGCACGGAAUUGACUCGGGUUCUUUUGAACAUCAGGCCACCAAUUUCUCUGAGUAAUAUACCGAAAUGAGCUUAGCAAAGCCGAGUAUUGGCUGUAAAAUUGGCUUAAUUUCUAAAGCCCAAAAUCGCUAUGAGGGAAUUUUGUAUACAAUUGAUAAAGUGAACUCAACAGUGGUCCUUGCUAAAGUCAGGUGUUUAGGAACUGAGGGACGACCCACUGACAGGCCAACGCCACCCAAAGAUGAUAUCUAUGAAUAUAUCACUUUUCGUGGGAGUGAUAUUAAAGAUAUAACGCUGUGUGAACCUCCAAGGUCCUACCAUGGCCUACCCCCGGAUCCUGCAAUAGUACAGUCAUCCAUUGCAGGGUCUUCUGGAGUCUACCCAUCUCGUGGACCAUGUAGUCCUGCAAGCAUGCCUGCCUACAGCCAACUUGCUGCAAAUUCUCUCCUCAGUCAACAGUAUGCUGCUGCUCUUGGCUUUGGUCCUGUACUUCCUGGCUUACAUGUCAGAAGGGGCACUAUGGUGGAAAAGGCUGUUCAGACCCUACAGGUGGACAGAUCCAGGCAAAGGAGAGCUUUGACAUCAUCCCAGGAGCAGGAGCAGCGGUGGAGAAGGAGGCCUCCGAGGGCCAGACAGGAGAGCCCCCAGGCCAGAAGGGGCACUGGAGCCACUGGGAAGUUGGGUCCAGGUUAUCCCAGUGCUCGAUAUGAAACUCGACAGCAGAGCAAUGAAAACAGGCCACCACCAAGAAGAAAAGGAGCCCGGAGGCGCAGGAACUAUAGUAGAGGCCAGCUGAUGGUGGCUGAAGCUCCAGCUGCUACCCUAAAGUUUGAUACAGAUUUUGAUUUUGAUUCCUCAAAUGCUCAAUUUAUGAAGGAGCAACUGGAGAAGGAGGCCAAAGACAAGAUGAAUGAACAAGAUGGCGAUCAAGAUGUGGAAGAGAAGGAAAAGGAGGAAUUGCACUUAACUGAAGAAGAUAAUUUUGGACCGAAAUGUUACUAUGACAGAGCAAAGUCUUUCUUUGACAACAUCUCGUCUGAUAAGAAGUUCAGACUAACAUGGGCAGAAGAGCGGAGGCGUAAUCUGGAGACUUUUGGGGUCCCCGGACGGUUUCUGAGGGGCCAGGGCUUCAGAGGAGGAUACCCUGGACGGAGAGGACAGGGAUCAUCUCUGUCAACUUACAGAGCUCCGGGUGGACGGCUGUGAAGGCCAGAGUUUGAUACCACACUAAAGCAGAUCUAUCUUCAACUUUUUGCCACUAGUGUAUAAUGAUAGACUUUAAAGCUCUCACUGUAUAAAGACAGGUCUGUUCUGAUUUUUUUUUUCCCCUACUGGAAUAUGUAUGCAUGGCUCAUGAGAUGAUUCACUUUGUAGCUAGAUUUUUUUUUCCCCUAGAAUAUUUGUAAUAUUUUCUUUUCAACUAAAAGGGAAGUGAAUAUUUAAGUUUAGAUUUUGUUUUGCUCGUGAAAGCUUCACUUUGUAGAGGGUUUUUCAUGCCAGAGAUAUGUGGCUUUGCCUCUUGAGAGUUGUACAUUUGUCAGACUCAUUAACUGCUUACUGUUAACAUUACUCAUGUAAAAACGAACCAAAUAAGUAUAUUUAAAGUCUUGAAGUUUGUGCUUUGUAUCAUUUUGUAAGAUUAAAGCAAUGGGAGAGAUUAAUGUCAAUAAACCUAAAAUGCCAAUGU